ACUACUAUUAACUAGAACAUUCAUGUUCUUGGUUUUUGUUUCUCAGGCAAGUAAAAAAGCCUUGGAUCCAGUUGCUCCAGUUUAUAAGUACUGCCUUGUAUCAGUAUCUAACAUAUUAACUUCAACAUGCCAAAAUGAGGUUAGCUAUCUCCAUUUUCAGCAUUCAAAUCUAGCUGAUAUGAGACGCGUGGUUGCAAAGUUGGCUAAUCUUCCAUUCUUUUAUAUGCAGAAGAAAUACAAGGGACAAGACUACUUUUUUGCUUUUCUAGUAACAGUGGGAUGUUUGAUUUUUAUUUUAUAUCCGGCAGGAUCUAACAUAAGUCCAUAUGGUAGAGGAAGGGAGAAUACUGUUUGGGUCGUUUCUUUGAUGAUGGGUUAUCUCGAGUUUGAUGGCUUCACAAGCACAUUCGAAGAUAAACUCUUUAAAGGCUAUGACAUGGAGAUUCAUAAUCAAAUUUUCUACACAACAAUGUGUUCUUGUGUUCUCAGCUUGACUGGUCUAAUUUUACAGGGCCAUUUCUUGUUGUCAAUAGAAUACGUCUCAUACCAUAAUGAUUGCUUCCUUGACAUUGUGUUGUUGUCAACUGUGAGUGUCCCUAUUAAAGUUUUUGUGAAAUCUUCUUUGUUUUAUAUCUACUAG